AGGGAAAUCGAAGCUCUAAGAGUCCUUCAGGGCUCUCAAAACGUCGUCGUCAUGCACGAGUUCUUCUGGAACGACGAUGAUGAACACGCCGUGAUCGUGCUCGAGUUUUUCAGGACAGACCUCGCUGCUGUAAUCGCGGAAGCUGCUGCUGGUGGUGGUGGCCGUGGUUUUGAUGUCGGUGAGGUGAAGAGGUGGAUGAUGCAGGUGCUUAGUGGUGUGGAUGCUUGCCAUAGGAACAUGAUCGUCCAUAGAGACUUGAAGCCUUCCAAUUUCUUGGUUUCAGAUCAUGGAGUGCUCAAAUUGGCCCAUUUCGGACAGGCAAGGAUAAUUAUGGAGCCUGGAUUUGACUCUACAGAGGAGAACCCACCACCACCAUAUGAGCAUGAUUAUGCUUCUUCAGUUCCGGAGAGCUCAUCAAUUGAACAUCCUUCUUCAUCAGAGGCUUUUCCUCAUGAUCAAGGGACCAUAAAUCAUGAAGAGUAUUUCAGAGUUCUAGAAGAAAUGAAAUCCAAGAAUACCAUAUAUGACACUGAUAAGGACCCAAACAUCCAAGAUGGAAACACCUCUUGUCUUGCAACUUGCACAACAAGUAACACUGAUGAUGGCGAUGAUGAUCUCUGGAAGGCUUCGUUGACAUUUGAAGCAGCGGAGGAGGAAGAAAGGAGGAAUGAACUCGACUGUUGCCUCACACCACGUGUUGGAACUCGGUGGUAUAAGGCUCCUGAAUUGCUAUAUGGAUCCACAGAUUAUGGUCUAGAGGUUGAUCUAUGGUCUUUAGGGUGUAUAUUUGCGGAAUUGCUAACGUUGAAGCCUUUAUUUCCUGGAACAUCUGAUGUAGAUCAAUUGAGUAGGAUCGUUAGUGUUUUGGGAAACAUUGAUGGAGAAUCUUGGCCUGGUUGUUCUAAGCUUCCUGAUCAUGCAACAACGUCGUUUGGUAAUGUGGAGAGGCCUAUUGAUUUUGAAGAGUGCAUGAAGAAUUGCGGAAAGGAUCAAGUGUCUAUGAUAAAGAAACUUGUUUGUUAUGAUCCAGCUAGGAGGGCCACAACAAUGGAGAUGCUUCACGAUAAGUUCUUUAGUGAAGAGCCUUGAAUAUUAUUUUUUAAAAUAAGGUAUUUGUAUAUGAAAAUGAAUUCAAGGUGGACCAUAUUCCUUGGAUGCGCCAUUGUUAUUCGUGACUUUGAAUUGGUAUUUUACUAUUUUGUAUUUUGCUGAACGACACCUGUAAAUGCUGUUAGAAUUUUUUCCGGGUCAUGCAUUAUUUUUCCCUUUAAAAAAAUGACAGAUAUUGGCAUGUAUUGUGGACAUAUGAUUAAUAAUUGAGAAGUAAUGUUAUCACAA